AUGAAUGCUCGCCGUCGGGUGCAGCUUGCCGGAAAGGCUUGCGCACGAUGUAGAUCGCAGAAGAGGCGAUGCGACAGGGCUACUCCUCAAUGCGGACUAUGUCGGAGACUUCGUCAAGCCUGUCACUAUGAAGGACAGGUGGUAUCAUCUCCAAGCUCGACACCAUCGUACCCCCUCGAUGCAGAGCUCCACCUUGGAGUGUUGAAUUCUGGCCAUAUCAAAGACGCUAUUGCUACGAAACUCACAUCAGCCCCGAGCGAUAUCUUUGCGACAUACAUCCAAUCCAUCCAUCCUUGGUUCCCUAUUAUCGCACUAACAUUACAGGAUCAGCUCCCGAAAUCCUGGAACGAAGCUUCCCUGGAUUACACGCUUCUCGCCCUUUGUAUUAGUUUGCUUUGCACCUCCCCGCCUCCCUCUUCAGGGGACGGGACUCUGUCUGGUCUUCAGUCCACGUACCUACAUAUCAAGAGCUGGAUCGCAGUGAUCGAAGGACUCGGUAUUACCUCGCUCAAGAUCGUCCAAGCAAGGACACUGGUCACCCUGUUUGAAGUUGCACAUGGCUUCUACCCGGCAGCCGAGGGAGGAGGCCGUACUAGUCGGGUGCGCAAUCCGUAUUUUGGACAGGGUAUCUAUGAUCCCAACAAAGGCCCCUGGCCCACCGGCAUCGACAAAGACACGGGAAACCCUCUCUGGCAACUCUCCCGUCUGUUCGAGGCGUCCACACUUCUUGAUAACAUUCACAAUGCGUUAAAAAACCCCACUUCAGAACGAACAUUCAACACAGAAGAAAUAAGGCUUUUGGUUGAGACAUCAUAUACCCUCCGCACGCUCUUAAUCGAAGAGGUUGAAGAUGCGGACCAGAUAUACUCCGGUGGGCUAGGACUUUGUCAGACUGGUAUUUUGCUAGCCUACGAGAACGGUACCAAAGUCCAGAUUACCGAUGCACAAACUCUAACUUGCCAAACACUUGCCACAUCAUCUAUAAACCCCCUUCUCACCACCAUAACUGACAUGGUCGACCCCUUUGUUAGUGGUGCACAAGUCUUAGACUUGGAUCGCUUUCCUCCCUUUAUCACAUUUCUUGUGUACAAAGCGGCAAGCAUAGUGACAGAGAGGAUAUGGAUGGAAACUGACACCAAUGAGGCACUGAGAAAGUUACGAAUUCUGAGAGGAUUUUUACAAAUGGUGAACGCAAGGUGGUUAUGUUGCGAGUAUUACCUAGGCCUUCUCAAUGAGGAUACGGCGCCGCGAAUAUUAAAAUCAAUCGAGGGCAGGUAA